CCCGAGACUCAACAACGGCCACGAGCGUCAGGCUGUCCAGCAGGUUCCGCCACGCCCAUCAUGGCGGCGGCCCCGGCCGUCUUUGGCCCCGCCCCUCAGUGACGCGCCGCGAGUCACCUGACCAGGCUGCGGGCUGAGGAGACACAAGGGAAGUCGCUAUCGCCAGAGUCGGAUCCGCCGCCGCCGCCGCCGCCGCCCUGAGAAGCUGCCGGGCCCUCGCGUCGUUGCCGCCGCCGCCCAGAUCCCCGCACCAUGCCGUCGGAGAAGACCUUCAAGCAGCGCCGCACCUUCGAACAAAGAGUAGAAGAUGUCCGACUUAUUCGAGAGCAGCAUCCAACCAAAAUCCCGGUGAUAAUAGAACGAUACAAGGGUGAGAAGCAGCUUCCUGUCCUGGAUAAAACGAAGUUCCUUGUACCUGACCAUGUCAACAUGAGUGAGCUCAUCAAGAUAAUUAGAAGGCGCUUACAGCUCAAUGCUAAUCAAGCCUUCUUCCUGUUGGUGAAUGGACACAGCAUGGUGAGCGUCUCCACGCCAAUCUCAGAGGUGUAUGAGAGUGAGAAGGAUGAAGAUGGAUUCCUGUACAUGGUCUAUGCCUCCCAGGAGACGUUUGGGAUGAAAUUGUCAGUGUAAAACCAGAAAAAUGCAUCUAUUCUAGAAUUUUUUUAAACCCUUACCAAGGAAAAAAAAGGGAUAUUAUCAACUGAGAUCGAUCAGUUCGUCUAAUCACAGAUCAUCAAACUGUAGUGUUUCCACCUAGGAGUGUUAGGAAGUUGUGUUUGUAUUUGAAGCAGAAAAACUGAGCUCCAAGUGAGCAAGUUCAGCUUUGGAAACUAUAUUAUUUAAUGUAGGCUAGCUUGUUUUCAAAUUUUAAAAGUUUAAAAAUAAAAUACUUUGCAUUCUAAGUUGCCAAUAAAAUAGACCAAGUUAUUUUAAUGCUCUUUUCUCACUAAUAGGAACUUGCAAUUCAAGCAGUAAUUGAAAGGCUUUCAGAGACCCUGAGUCUUCUCUUCAGAUUCACAGAACCCACCGACUUUUUGGGUAAAAGUUUUCUACUCAGCUAGAGAGAUCUCCCCAAGAGGAUCUUUAGGCCCGAGUUGUGAAGCGUAACCCCCGCAAAACGCAUUUGCCAUACUAGUUGGCACAAACACAGGGUAAAUGGGGUGCAAGAAAACAGCCCUGUCUGUCAACUGCUGCUCAUGGUGCCUGACUCCUAACCGAACUAUACACAAAGUCCACACUCUUGCAGGGGUAGACAUUUCCUAUUUGGUUUGUGCUCUAGUUAGUUACACACAUAAAGACAGCUCAAAAGGAAAUUUGAAUUUAAUUUUGGUCUAGUUUCUUAAAAGACCCUGGAGAAAGAGUGGCAUUUCUUCUGUUUCAGGUUUUGUCUGACUUCAAACUAGUGCCCGUGUUGGUACGGAAAGAAGCAGUGCACCUGUGUCAUUCUUCAGGACAGCGGUAGAAACCACAGAAUAGGGUAACUAAAGGCAUUCAGAUUCACACACUCCCUUCUAUCAUCUGGCUUAAAGCUAUGGAUGAUCCUUUUUUUUAUUUUGUUUUUUUUUUUAAUGUUAAAUGUGUAACUCAAUAUUACUGAAAAGAUUCCCACAUUUUUAAUAAUAGUUCAGUUAUCACUGUUAGGUCAAACAGCCAUCAGAAUUUUCCCACACUAAGUGCAUGUCAGUUGUGGAGAAAACAUAGCAAAAGGAGCCAUAUCCUUUUAAAUGGUAAUGUCAGAAGUUAAAGCUCUUCAGGUUCAACCUAUGAUAAAAGACCAGUGCUUCCCACUACCUGCAUGGGGUUCAGUAUUUAUAGUUUUCUUGGGAGUAUCACAGGAAGGUCACAGUUACACCACUUUAGACCGUCCAUGUGGCAAGUCACAACUUAACCUUGUGUGUUUAGAUGUGUAUGGAAAACCUGUGUACGUUAGUGAAAGCCGUUUACUGCAGUGGGGAAACUAGAUUCCUUCCAUCUGGGCCCUCUACUGAUGUUAAAGGAGUUCCUGUCACCUGCUUUCCCGCUGCAUGCGUUUGUCCACUUGGCUACCUUUUAAUAUGUGUAUUUUUACAUUAUGUAAAUUCUUAACUGGCCUGUCUUGUUUAGACUGUAUACAUCAUAUCUGACAUUAUUGUAACUACUGUGUGAUCACUAAGAUUCCUAUAAGAAAUACUGCUUUUUUAAAAAAAUAACAUGCUGAGGGGAGACCUAUAUUCCACGAGUGAAUGGUCACUUUAUUUGUAGGAUCUUUAAAACGUACAUUUUUAAUGAAGUAAGUUAAAUAAAGGCACAAUUAAAAACGGUCA